CCCUCCUCAUUACAACAGCUAGAGAUCUCUUUGAGCUGCUCAUGAGUAGAAUCAGUUGCUAAAUUAAAACCUACAGGAUGGUAGAUCUUCAGGAACAGGGCUGUGCAGCCCUGCUCUACCUAUUGAAUGAGGUGUGCUUUGUUAGGGUUAGAGUGAAAACCUACAGGACAGUACAUCUCAAAGAGUAGGGUUGGGCAGCCAUUCCAUAAAGGUUCAAUGAGAUCUGCACUACUUGGAAGCAUUUUGUCUCACUUACUAGCAACAAAAAUCCCUCUCCUUGCACCCACUCUCAUGCUUAAAAACAGGGUACACGCAUGUUCUGAACCAGUGGCUCUUUCGAACCUUGGGCCUGUUGUGUUGAGGCUUUUGGGCCCAGUCUGUAGUUGUGAGUUACCUUUCCCCCCUGGGUCACUCGGGACCCGCUUCAGCCAGUCACCUGCAAUACAAAGUGAUUACGUUCCCCUGGCAACCGCUGUCAAACAUUUUGUCUUUCUUUGUUUAUUUCUGAGCGUUUUCUGAUUUGAAUGGUAGAGUAACACACAUCAAAAGUUCCAAUGAUAAUUAAGACCUGAAAGUUAUGUUUUCUUCUAUUUAUUUUAAGAUGUCUUUGAUCCAGGAAUGUUUGCUGUACUAGUCGAUUAUCUCUUUUUAUGUUGAUUAAAUGUCAUAACCUUCCUGCUCAGCAGGAAGUUGUAAACGUUGGACUUUGACUUUGUGAUGCAAGAAUGUACUUGCCACUCAAAGCUAAGGAGGGGGCCGGGGUAGGUAUGCAGCAAGCAUGUUGGAUAACAGCGGUUCAGAAGACCAAGGUUUUGUUUGAAGUGGGGAGGGUAGGACAGGCCUGCGUCAUUGUGUCUUUACGACACGCUUAUCAGGAAGUGUGUUUGCCUAUCUGGACGCUCUCGGACAUUUCUCCCUAUUACGUGUGGACUUGCCGGAGCAGCCAGCUGGAUUACAGGCAGGGCUCCGAUGGAGUACAGUCAGACCACCGACGCGGGCUUGUAGCUUCACGACUCGUUCGACCCAUCCGGUCACUAUGGCGUCGGCGCUAACAGCAAUCUCGUGGCCCUGGAGGAGGCAGUGGCCCUUCGUGAGGGACAGCAGGCGGAGGAAGAGGAGGACUGUCGUCUCCUCGUUGACCGAUGACAAGGAGCUGAAGGAGGCGCUGCGUUCGUACGCCCAAAACCAGAUCUCCACCACCAAGUACACCGUGCUGUCCUUCGUCCCCCGGAACCUGUUUGAGCAGCUGCACCGAUUCGCCAACGUCUACUUCAUCUUCCUGGCAGCUCUGAACUUUGUGCCCGUGGUGAACGCCUUCCAGCCAGUCAUCGGGGUCAUUCCCAUUGUGGGGGUCCUGACCAUGACAGCGAUGAAGGACCUCUACGAAGACCUCCGCAGGCUAAAGUCCGACCGAGCCGUUAACAAUCUGCUGUGUGAGGUCUACAGCAGGUACCCAACAUGCUCCUAUACAUGUAAUAGUAUGUGGGAUCUACAGCAUGUACACAUUAUCCUGUAGUAUAUUAUAUUCUAUAGCGCGUAUCCUAUAGCUCUGUGUAAUGUGUAUACAGCAGCUAUACAAGAUGUCAUGUUAUUGUAUGGGAUCUAUAGCACAUAAGCCAUGCAUUAUUCUUCAGUAUUAUACACUUUAUUAGGUAGACCUGUACACCCGCUUGUUAGUGCAAAUAUUUAAUCUGGCAAUCAUGUGGCAGCAACUAAAUGCGGAAAAGCAUGCAGAAGUGGUCAAGAGGUUCAGCUGUUUUUCAGACCAAAUGUCAAAAUAAGGAAGAAAUGUGAUCUAAGUGAUUUUGAUUGUUGGUGGCAGACAGGAUGGUUUGAGUAUUUCAGAAACGGCUGAUCUCCUGGGAUCUUCACGCACAACAGUCUCUAAAGUUUGCACAGAAUGGAGCGAAAAACAAAAAACAUCCAGUGAGCAGCAGGCGUUGUUGUGGUUGGCCCCUGAUUCUGCCUGCCCACGUGUGAGCUCCCACCCCAAAGGAGGGGUCACAGGGUCGGGGACGUGCAUCUGAAUACACUGAAGUUACCCUCCCAUAUUCCCAAACUCCUCUGUGGUCGGUACCAACUAACCUGAUGGUUUCUGCUGUAUUAGCCUUCAGCUGUUUAUGUAGUGAUAUCGAUCGAUAUAUGAGGCCUAAAUGGCCUGUGCCACUGUCAUUACACCACCAGUUAUGGAUGUGUGUGAGGAUACUGCAGUUUCGUGCUGAAACAGGACUGUUUGGACAUUGGAAAUGUAAAUGGACUGCAAUUAAUGCCUCUCAUUCACCCACUCACACUCACACAACGGCGAAUGGCGAAAUCAGCUUGUUGGUAGCAAUUGUGGGUUAGGUGUCUUGCUCAGGGACACCCAGGGCAGGGGGUCAAACCGACUGCCAGACAACUGCGCUCACCUCCUGAGCUGAUG